CAUUGAGACCGCAUAUUAAGCGCUGUUAUCAUUUCCCACCACCUCUUAUUCCUCCUCUUCCGCACGCUGUUUCGGUGCCUGCCUGUAACUCUCUUCUGGACUCUCAGUUAAUUAUCUUUUAUAAUUGGACGUUGUGAAGUUUGAAGACCUGUCAAGAUGGUGAAGUUUACAGCAGAGGAGCUUCGUCGGAUUAUGGACUACAAGCAUAACAUUCGUAAUAUGUCUGUUAUUGCUCAUGUCGAUCAUGGAAAGUCGACACUUACAGAUUCUCUUGUGGCUGCUGCGGGUAUCAUUGCACAAGAAGUUGCUGGUGAUGUGCGGAUGACAGACACUCGCCAAGAUGAGGCAGAGUGGCAUCUGAUCUUCCCAAGCUAGUGGAAGGCCUUAAACGUCUGGCGAAAUCAGACCCUAUGGUUGUGUGUACCAUGGAGGAAUCUGGUGAGCACAUUGUUGCUGGUGCUGGAGAACUUCACCUUGAGAUCUGUCUGAAGGAUUUGCAAGACGACUUCAUGGGUGGAGCUGAGAUCAUAAAAUCUGAUCCCGUCGUCUCUUUCCGUGAAACUGUCCUUGAGAGGUCCUGCCGCACAGUGAUGAGUAAAUCCCCCAACAAACACAAUCGUCUGUACAUGGAAGCACGCCCCUUGGAGGAUGGACUGGCAGAGGCUAUUGACGAUGGCCGCAUUGGCCCACGAGAUGAUCCUAAAGUGCGUUCCAAAAUUUUAUCGGAGGAAUUUGGUUGGGAUAAAGAUCUUGCUAAGAAGAUCUGGUGCUUUGGUCCUGAGACUCUUGGACCUAAUAUGGUGGUUGAUAUGUGUAAGGGAGUUCAAUAUCUGAACGAAAUCAAGGAUUCCGUGGUUGCUGGUUUCCAAUGGGCGUCGAAAGAAGGUGCGUUGGCUGAAGAAAACAUGAGAGGCAUCUGUUUUGAAGUGUGCGAUGUGGUUCUCCAUGCUGAUGCCAUCCACAGAGGUGGUGGUCAGGUGAUUCCCACUGCCAGGAGGGUAAUAUACGCAUCUCAGAUCACAGCCAAACCCAGACUUCUUGAGCCAGUCUACUUGGUGGAAAUUCAGGCUCCCGAGCAAGCUCUCGGUGGUAUCUACAGUGUUCUUAACCAGAAGCGUGGACAUGUCUUUGAGGAGAUGCAGAGGCCCGGUACCCCUCUUUACAACAUCAAGGCAUACCUCCCUGUCAUCGAGUCCUUCGGGUUCUCGAGCACCCUGAGAGCUGCAACUUCUGGGCAGGCGUUCCCGCAGUGUGUGUUUGACCAUUGGGACAUGAUGUCUUCAGAUCCAUUGGAAGCAGGCUCCCAAGCUGCGCAGUUGGUUACCGACAUUAGGAAGAGGAAGGGAUUGAAGGAGCAGAUGACCCCAUUGUCCGAGUUUGAAGACAAACUUUAAAUCACUUGUCGGGCAGGAACAGGACCAUAUGAACCUUGCAGGAGCAGGACCGUACCGUAUAGGAUUAAAGCCUAUAUCUUUUUGGAAAAACCUUUUUAUUUUUAACUCUUAUUUUACUUCUCAUUUGGCGUUUGUAUGGACUACCAAGAUACAUUUCGGUUGAUUAUGUUUUAUUUGAGUCAAUGUUUUGAAUAUGAAUGAUUUUUAUCGGUCUAAA